AUGGAGGAGAAAAAAAGACGAACGAAAAAAAUCGUGGCCGCGGAGGAGAUGAAGGCUACGCGGGAAGAGCGGGUGCUGCGAAAGUUUGAGGACGUGAAGAACAAAUGGAACAGACAAAGACAGAAGAUAAAGGAACGGACGAAGAAGCGGGAAACCCUGGCCGAUCAGGGGGAGAAAUACCGGGAGCGGAACGAACUGAAUACACUCAUUGAGCACCUCAAUAAAGAGGAGAAAAAAAAAGUGAACUGGACGGAGAACCUGCGGGCCGAAGGCGAAAACAUCAAAUUUAAAGAUGCAGUGAAGAAGGUGAAUCUUGAGGGGGGCUUCUGCAAAGGGAAUAAGGACAUAUUCGAGAGGGUGUUCCAAGACGGGGCAAUUCAAAAUGAAGCCCCCACGGGGACAGCCAGCCAACGAGAGAACUCCACAGCCGAGAAACAAAACGAUCCAUACGUUACGAACAGAGACGCGAAGAAGGAACUCUACCAGGGGCAGAUAAUCAACAAACUUAGGAGCAACCUCGAAUUCGUUCUGAAAAAUUUCGCCAUUCCGUUGGACGACAGUGGAUUCCUCGUGCAGGGGAGGCGCGUCGAUAUCGAAGCGGUAGAACCUGCAGAUGAGGAGGCACUCCCCACUGUACGCAACAUAGAGGAGACUACCCUUCCGUACCACCCCAUCAAUGACCCUAAGGUGGACCCCCCAGCGAAUGAGCAACCCGUGCAAACGAGCAGACAGGUCAUACGGAUACAAAACCAAGGAGGGAAGGUCAUCCGUAACUCGAUUGACCUGCACAACACAUCGUCCAGCAUAGUCCUCUUCACCAUUUCGUAUAAGAAAAAACUUUCUCUGCAAAAUGAAGUUUUAAGACAGAAGGAUUAUCUCUUCUUCGAUGAGCAGAAGAACUACACUCUGGUGAUUUCUCCCAAUGUGGGUUACCUGAAGCCGGGGGAGAAGAAGUCAAUAAGCUUGACUUUUUUCUUCCACUAUUUGGUCAAUACCUUUGGGGCUCUUACCAUUAGGUACUUGUGUGGUCAAGAGGUUUUCCAGAGACACGUUUCGGUGCAGGUGGAUUCUUUCCUCGAGGGGGAUGCCUCAUCCGGAGAUUGCUCCUUUUAUGGAAACCUUGCCUAUGCGAACAGCAGACAGGGUGAAGGGGGACCCCUAAAGAAUCGCCUGAACAACUUCUUUUCCUACACCAAGGGGAGAGUCUUCUCAUCAGCUAGCCAUUUUGCCAACCAGGACAGAGAGCUUACACUUGAGAUGGUGCCCUCUUUGAAAGAUACUCAUGUGAAAGUUGCACCCCCCUCAAUAGAAUUCACCUCAGAAGGGAAUUCACCCAACGGAGGAGAGAAAGCGGAUGGACAUUCCACAAGGAGUCCUCUAUCUGGGGGUGCCUCCAUCAGUAGAGGAUCCAGCACUGAUCAUUCCAUGAGAAGGAACUUAAGUGAAUCAUUUCGCGAAGCAGUUAAGCAGUACAUAAUAGUUCUGGUAAAGUCCUACGUGAAUGUGCACGGGGAAGAUCAUGAGCAGAAGAGGACCCCCAUGUGUGCACAGAACAAAGCUUCCACUCCCCCACAUGAGAAGGAACCCUACUCCAGUCAUAUAUCUAAACGGGGGAAAGAAUCCUCAAGAGGAGUCAAGAGAGGGGAGUCACUUCCCAAUAUAGAUGAACAACAUAUAGCAUUCGCGAAGGACACCUUCCUUAAUCACCUUUUGGGCAGCCUUCCCUAUGCUUCGAGAAAAAGGUACUUCGCUACUCUCUUACAUAUGGCUUUGGAGCAGGUUGUACUGACCAAGUCUCCCUCCUUCUACCUGCAUCGCUAUUUCGACAUCAUUCAGUUCGUCCUGAUGACCAUGCUGAGGGGGAAGCCAUCGGAUGAUCUCCCACCAGAGGAAGAAGAAACUGUCUUCGUUCAAACGAAUGCACCUUUGCUGCGUUACAUAGUCGGCUUUGUUCACAACCUGUACAAAUCGAACCAGCCCAAUCAUCAGGUGAACCAUAUGAAGGAGGCAUUUUUUUAUUUCCUCUCCUCUGCAUUUCUGUGCAUACGUCGGGGUGUUAGAAAUGUCAUUCUCUUUGUGGAUGACAGCAUAGGGGGGAGUAUUCCCUUGGGGGGCGAAGCACACCAAGAGGGCAAGGCAGAGGUGGAGGGAGAGGGAGACGGAGAUGACGAUAGUGGGGGAGACUUCCUCAGCGGCGUGUUCCACUCCUUCGUCUUCUCCUACGUAAGGGCGUUUCUCUCUGCGCAGGGGAAGACACACUACGCUUUGCAUUUUGUGCGGCGGGAGGAGGACGUCUCCCAGGUAUGCGAAGCGGUUCUGGCUCAGGGGGGCACUGUCAAGGGGGAUGCCACUAACGGAAUGCGCGGCAUGCCUACUGACGAUGCUCCUAAUGAUGUGGUGGGUGUGUCUAUUCACGAUGCUCCUGGCAGUGCUACCUGCAAAGUUGAAGAAGACGCUGGAGAAACCCCCCCGGAGGAAGACUUCUUCAAGAACUUCCAAGCCGAUGAAGAUUAUACGAAUUUCUUUUUUGGCGAAAGUGGGGGGAAUGAACCACCCCAGGGCGGAGGAGAUAAAAAGGGGAAUAUCGUCUUUGUCGCGGACAGGGAGGUGUUUGCGCGGGGGGUUUAUGAGUGGCACUACGGGUGGUUAGUGGGGAGGGUGCAGAGUCGGCUGGCAAUUGCGCAAGUGGGUCAAGGGGGUGAUCCGUCCGCCGCUUUUCCCACCACAAGGGAUGCCACGACGGAUGCACCCACUACUGAUGUACUGACUAGUGAUGCCCCUCCCACUGAUGAGCCCCCCACCCUGAUAAGGAAAAAGACUGCCACGGGAAAGAUGAAAAACUCAGUGGAGUUCACAGCGAAGAAGCAGAAAAGAAGAAAUGACAAGGGGGGAAAAUACACGCUACGUCAGGGGAGUAUACCCAAUAGAGGAAAACCCGCCGCGGAAGCAGCAAUGAGCCAAAAUGAUGAUCAUACUGACGAGCCAACGGAAGGGAAGCAGCACACAUGCACGAGCUACCACCUUCAGAAACUGUUCGAAGUUUUCGGCGCCACGACGUACAUUAUAGAUGAGCCCCCCGAAGCAGACGGGAAAAAGUGCAUGCAGGUGCCGCAGGGUGUCAAAGUGCACGUGGGGAUGGUGGCCACCAAAAUGGUCAACCUGUUUCCCUUCCUGUUCAAUUUCAUAUCUGUGGACCAGGUGGAUAAACUUCACAGAGAAGGAAAACAUGGGGGUUACUUCCUGUAUGAUUAUUUUGUAUUGAGGAACCGAGAUCGCCUCUUCGAGGCAAUGCGAAGAGUAGUGCACUACCUGGACGCAGAGAGUGAUAUCUCCGGCAAGGAUCACCUGUUUGGGAAGAUCCCGCUCCCGUGCGACUAUGACGUGGGGCCAUUCGAGGAGGGGGAGAAGCACUCAACUACCAUGCAAGAGGAAAACCCAGUUAUUGGGGAAAAGAAUCGCCUACACCCGCGCGCGACACCUCCUAAGUACCUAUGGAUCAUAUCACCGAACACAAAAAACGACGUGUUGGAUUAUUCCAACUUGGACGACAUAGUGGAGUGGCUGAAGCUGCUAAACAUGGCCAUCUGUAUGAAGGUGUCUGAUUUGUACGUGUGUGGGCAGCUGUUUUUUCUGUUCCUCUUCUUCAUGUUCGACUCGGGUUCGUUGUCUGCGAGGUGGUGUGAAGGGGGGGAAAAACAGCGGGGGAGGCGUAUCAACCAGGCCUACCUCCGCAUAGAUGCAGACAAUCCUACCGGGGGGUGUCGCUCCGCUGCCGUGGCAGCCGGGGAGGAAAACCGCUCCUGCAGCUUUGUCCAACUGGACUUUCUCGACGUGGAGGACUUCCCAGAACCCCUUCUCCUCCUGCUCAAAGUGAAUCUAUUUAACAUCCUCCAGCUAUGUGAUAAGAACCAAAUCAAGUUACACUUCCCCGAGGACAUCUUCCUACACCCGAGUGAGCCCAUCCUCCGGAGCAGCACCGACACAAGUCCCCUCCUCUCCGUGUACUGCCACUUCCCACACAGAAAUUACAAUCAGAUGAUACGGGCCACUAGGAGGAAGUUCCUUCGGAAAUAUGGACACCGACUGGCAAAUCUUGGCAGCUUCACCAGUGAGGCGCUCAAGGGGGGGGAUUUACCCCAGGGAAGUUCCAACUGGGUGGAGAAACCACGCGAGGGGGAAAAAGAAAAAGGGGAAGGAGAAGAAGACAACAAACACGAGGAAAAACAAGACGAUGACGUAGUUGCCAUUCGUGUGGAUCCCCCUCCAACAGAACGGACCGCUUCAUCCCCCCAACGAGUCCAGGUCUGCUCCCAAGAUGUCGGACGCCGCACGUUAAACAGCAUUAUUAGCGGAUUGCGGGGGGCAGAUAAAAUACUCUGGUUGUGUGGGGCUCUUGAGAGAGACACACAACAGGACUACUGCAGCAGUUUGGAGCUCCUCGAGUGCAUCGUGGCUGCACAGAGGGAGAGGCACAAAUUAAGAACAGAGGACGAGCCAAAAAAGCCGUAUGAGAAGAACUGCACAGAUCAAAGAGAGGGAGGCGCGCCCCAAUUCAGUCACGCCGACCGACGCGGAGUGGUCCACCUGAACAACCUCAUCGUUCUCAACGAGGACGUGUACUUCCUGUACCACUGCUGGCCUCGAAAAGACGUUAACAUCCCCUUCCUGUUCCGCACCCACAAAGUGCUGGUGCACCUCUUCGACCGGACCUUCCCCCCGUCGGGGUUCUCCUUUCCGUUUUAG